GCUUGCAUUAGGCUCAUAGUUGAUGUAUAGCUUAACCUAUCUACUAAUAAUAGCAAUCCCAAUUAAUUCUAAAGGUUGUGAAUUCACUUAUGUUGAAAGGUUGUGUCUUUUAUAAAAGAUGUGUAAAGGGUUGUGUCUUUUCUAAAAGUUCUAUGUUGUAAGAUUGUGUCUUUUCCAAUUAAUUCAUAAGGUUGUGAACUUCAGUUAUGUUGAAAGGUUGUGUCUUUUGAAAAAAAAGUGUAGAGGGUUGUGUCUUUUCUAAAAGUUCUAUGUUGUAAGGUUGUGUCAUUUCCAAUUAAUUUUUAAGGUUGUGAACUUCAGUUAUGUUGAAAGGUUAUGUCUUUUGAAAAAUAUGUGUAGAGGCUUGUGUCUUUUCUAAAAAUUCUAUGUUGUAAGGUUGUGUCCUUCUAAAAAUUAUCUAAAAGUUGUGAUUAUUCAUAAGUAUCUUUUAAAAAGUGAUAAAUUAUGAGUAUUAGAAAAAUGCUACUAUUCAGAUCGAAGGGUUGCGACUAUUCAAAUAAGUUUUAAAAAAUCUAUCAACAGUCUCUCCUAUUCAUUUUUCAAAUUAAAUUUUCACUAAUCUACAAACACCAAACUGAACAAGAAUAUGUUAGCGUUUUCCGGUUGCUCACAUGGUUGCAACCCCGAGGAAGAAGAAGAACUAACAAGAAUGAGAUAUGCUCAUCCAUGGUGGAAAGAGAAAGUCAUUAACUCUGAGGAGAAGAGGAAAGAAGGCCUUUGCCCUUUAACUCUAGAGGAAACUGCUCUCACGCUGACCGCCUUGGGUAUUGACCGUAACGUUCAAAUAUACAUAGCUGCUGGAGAAAUCUACGGUGGUGAUAGGCGGAUGAAGGCUUUAACAGACGCUUUUCCAAAUGUGGUCCGGAAAGAAACCAUACUCGAAUCCUCUGAUCUUGAUUUUUGCCGAAACCAUUCAUCUCAAAUGGCUGCACUUGAUUACCAAUAAGUAUUAAGAGCGGUGUCUUUUCAUUGUAAAAUAAAUUAGUUUAAAAAUAAUUGAAAUAUUCCAAUAAGUAUGUUUCUACAAUUAUUUAAUUUUAAAGAGUCGUAUCUUCUCAUUAUAAAAGAUAACUUAUUUUUGUAACACAUUUAUUUCUUUACAAAAAAUUGCAAACAGUUUUUUAUAAAAGAUUAUCUUAUAAAAUAUGAAAUAUCUAUUUUUAUAAAUGAGUUACCGUGCGACAUCGCACGGGUUCUUUGCCUAGUACAUACAACAGUAAACCCAACAAAUAUUGCUGUGGUGAUGAUUAUAAAUAAAUUGUCUAACAGUCUAUGAUCAAGAGAAAAAUUAUUAAGAAUUACAAGGUAACAUCUCUGAUUUUGUAGCUUCAAAAUGGAAACUAGAAGAAGUGAAGCGUAAGUGUGUUCCAGAACCAUCAUCGUUCCUUCUUC